UGAUAGAUGUAGGGAAAAAAGGUGGUGGCUAUCGAAGCGACAGCUUUUAGAAUUGGGAUUCGAAAGGAUGAUAUCAAAAGAUGCUGAUAUGGUUAGUGCCAGUGAAACAUGUAAUUCUGAAACUAG